AUGACCUACCCCUGGGUUGACAAGGAGGCUCCCAUAUGCUCCAACCAAACACUAUGCCCUCGAAACCCCAACUACACCUGGGACGAUUACCUCGAUUGCCUCCUCAAUAAGGGCGUCAAGAAUUUCGUGCUCGGCGGCCUCAUGAUGGUGGGGAGUGACAUCUGGUUCGUCAUCGAGUUCAAAUCACCGAGCCGAUGGAGUAAAUCUGGGUUCAUGGCUCUGAGGGAGAAAGUACGAGCUCGAGGUGGCAGGAUACUGGGUGACGUGAUCGAUGCGCAAUACGGGUAUGGCGAGCCUUUCAACAAGACGCGCUUUCGCCAGAAUGCUGCCAAGUUCGUGGAGUACUUCCCCGUCGACGGCUUCAGGAUAGCGGAUUUCCUCCCCUAUUCUGAUCAGACCCCCCAACAUGUGAAGGAGGCCUUGGAGGCUAUCAAUGAACUGAAGUUGAUUUCUUCAAUCCGGUUGACGCCUGAGAAGUUAGAUGUGUUCGCGAAGGCCAAAUUGGGAGGGAUCGCCGAUACCACCUUCGUUUCAUUAUGGCCACGAUAUGAUGACAAAAACGAUACGGCCGCGUUCAACACGGACGCAUUUGCCAAGCAAACCAUCCUAAACGCCUCGGCGGCUGGCGUGGAUCUCGGCAAAAUUGUUCUACAA